AUGAACAUGCUCUCGGCAUCUGACAAGGAGCCAUCUCCGGCAGCCGUAUCUCAAUCACAGACUUCAGCUCCCAUACCAGGCCCACAACGCAAGUAUCGUGUUCGCUUCCGGCAUACGCUAAACCCCAGCGUACCGCCACAACGUCCUUCGGAUGCCAGGCAAGAGUAUACUUUUGCGGCCGACCAACGAUGGGUUCGAGCUCCGAGGUCGUUCAAUUUCAUCGACGAGACUCGUGAGAUCAUUAGCAUCCAUGAAGCUGAGAACUCGGAUUCUGAUCUGGAAGAUACCCGGACCUCACUACAAAUCAAUGGCAGUAGUAAUUCUUCAUCAUGGCGGCCCCGUGGCAACAGCGAUAGCACAGUACUUCCAGCGCCGUCAUGCACGCCACGCAUGUCUGGCUUUGUCGCCGACUCCAGCAGGCUCUCAGCCACGGACAGUUCCCUGCCUGCUCGUGCUAAGAGGUCUUUAAAUGCAGAUGGCCCAAACAGGAAGCGCACAAUGAGCUCGAGUGCCUCGAUAGGACCAAGUCCGAGGCCUAGCACUCAAGUAGUGACGGACUUGCUGGCCCAACCGUCAAUCAGCGGCCCAGUACUUCAGAGCCCAGAUGUGUCAUCGCUCGCAUUAGCGUCUCCUUCUACUGGAUCCGCCACGGUCGAGUCCCCCUUUGCGUACAUUCCGUUCUCGGCCAAUGAAGACGCUCAGUCACUAUCUCAUGCUCCUGUCGAGCAGCCCAGAUGGCCCUUGAAAGACAGCCAGGAAGCUUUCUUAUUCCAGAAUUUCAUACGCGAGGUCGCACCCAUGUUUGACUUGUGCGAUAAUGCUCGCCAGUUCGCAAAGGUUGUUCCAAAGCGGGCCCCUUUCUGCCCUCCACUCCUCAAUGCUAUGCUGGCGGCUGCUGCCAAGCGCUUGAGCAGAAUCAAUGAUGGCGAUUCAAGUGUUGCCUAUGGGUAUUAUCAGGAAUGUCUGAGGACGCUCAUUCCGCUACUCUCUAGCUCUGGAGCCGCCAAGGAUGAAAAUCUGCUUGCUGCGACUCUAAUUCUUCGAUAUAUGGAGGAGACGGAUGUGGCCUUCUCCAUUAAUGGAUCUCAGUCACAUCUUGUUGGAAGCAGAGUCUUCCUUGCCGCGAGAGAGGAUAUAUCUGAAUUUAGUGAACUCAGAUUAGCAUUAUUCUGGAUCGCUUUACGCCAGGAAAUAUUCAUGGCAUUUAUCCACUCUCGUCCAGUUUACGCUGGUUUCCUCAGCCGAAACGUUGCUCCUGUUUUAGAGGGUGCUUAUGACGAAUGCAGCUAUGCCAAUAAAGUCAUUCUUCAUUGCGCAUAUUGUAUUCAAUACUGCUUUGGCGAGCAGGAGCAGCGCCCUUCGGUCUGGAACGAGCUCAGCGACUACUUAGAUCAAUGGGAAAGGAACAAGCCAUGGUCCUUUAAUCCAAUGUCGCUCGAACAGUUUGACGAUACUAGCUUCUUUCCCGAAAUGACCUAUAUAUCGGACGAGGUGUUGACAGGCAUGCAACACUACUACUUGGCACGUCUGGUAUUGGAAGCACACAGCCCCAAGACACCAAGACUGGGCCCAGCUCGACGACUAGCACUCGAAGGCGUUAAUGGCGAGCUCAGAAGGCUAGUGCGUAUAGUCUGUGGCAUUGCCGAGUCUAAUCCGCAAGUCGCCCCAGGCUAUGUAAAUGCUGCUGUGGCUAUUGUCAUGGCAGGUGAUCGGUUUACGGACCGACCAGAUCAGGAGCUAUUACACGCUCUAUUGGUAAAAAUCGAAAAGUAUUUGGCAUGGCCAACAGGGGCAGCCCAAAUUGAUCUGAAAAACGCUUGGGGGUGGGCCAGGACCCCAGACAUGUCCAUUGCUGGUGUUCUCAACAGUGGGAUCAUGACAUGA